AUGGGUCAAACCGAUCAGCAACGCCAGGAUGGCCUGGUCAUCACCACCGCGCUCUUCACUUCUAUUGCUUUUGUUGUUGUCGCCCUCCGGUCGAUAACCCGCUUUAUCCUCAUUCGCAAGGGCGGUUGGGACGAUUAUCUCAUGUUGGCCGCCAUGAUCCUUAGCAUGGGCUACUUUGCCGAGGUCAUGGUGGGCAGGGCGAACCACAUGGGCUUCUCCAUCACCACCCUCAGCCUGGACAACAUGCUUAACUUGAUCAAGGUUACUCUCGCCAUUCAGCUCACUUACUAUGGCGCCGUCAGUGCGAUCAAGAUCUCCAUCUUGUGCAUGUACCUCCGGUUCUUGGCUUCUCACACCUCGCGCAUGCUGGCCUAUGGCACCAUUGCCUUCCACGUUGUCUUCUUCGUCAUUUGCAUUCUCGUGACUGCUUUGCAGUGCCGACCGAUCAACAAGAUGUGGGAUUUGACCGGAACCGUUGAGGGAACUUGCAUCAACACCACGGCCUUCUUCUACUUCACUUCUGGCUUCAAUAUCAUCACUGAUAUCUGGAUCAUCGCCCUCCCUCUCAAGGCUCUGAUGAAGAUUAACAGGCCUCGCAAGGAGAAGAUUGCCCUCAUCUUGAUCUUUGGCGUUGGUACUUUCGCCACCAUCACCUCCAUCAUCCGUCUCCACACCAUCUACACGUACACGCUUGCUGAGGACCCGUUCCAGCAGAGCAUCCUCGUCAACCUCUGGUCCGUCCUCGAGGUCAACAUUGCCAUCAUCUGCGCUUCCGCCCCCGCGCUCAAGCCUCUCUUCACGCCCAAGGCGCUUAGGGCGGCCAGGGAAGGCUCGUCGGGUGCCACCAGCCAGAAGUAUAACCUCAGCCGAUCAGGCUACAUCAAGAGCAAGAAGUCGGUGGACCAGACGUGGACGGAGACGUCGAUCACCCUCGGCCCUGUCCCCUACAACAGCACCGAGAUCAGCGCGGGCAGCCGCCGUGAGAAGGAUAAGGAUGGUGACAGCACCGUCGACAUCCUCCCCGCGUAA